CUCGAGUGAGCUUCUUGAUGUGCUCCUGGCUAUGGCUGAGGAGGCACCAGAUGGGGAGGAUGAGGAGCUGUUGCAGCGGAAGAUCCACCUUUUCCAGUGUUGGAGCGUCCAAGAGUCAAUCAGCCGCUUUUGGUCCUUCUUGCGUUUGCAGGAUGGAGUGCUCACCAUGGAUGGGUACAUUGAACUCAACCUGGCCAUGCAGAAAGCACUCGCAGAGGACUUUUCGCUUGAACGGGCAGUAGACAGCGCUGUUGGCGACUGGAGCGAAGACGUGCAGCCGGGGCAGCAGGCAAUGACCGAAGAGGACUUCGCCAUGUUCCUCUUUGAGCUUUGCACCCUGUGGUGUGGUCCAAACGUCUCAGUGCACGUGUAUUUGCUCUUCCUUUGUGCGGUUUUCAUAGCAGUGACGGAUCAUUCUGGAGCGUUCACACUUGGACUCAGAAGACUCGAGGAUGUGGAACGACUUCCAGAAACUUUUUUUGAGCUCCUGAAUCUGCAAGGUUGGUCUGAAAAUCAAUCAGAGGCAACAACACUGGCGUCAUGGUUGCAUGAUAAUGUGGCAACAGAAGCGCAACAGGCUGCAGUGCAGCAUGUGCAGCGGCAGGUGUUUCAGCUGACGCAUGACGCGAGAUCCGUGUUCCUCUUCCAGUUUGAGGAUGCCCCACCUGGUGCACAGAUGUUGGACUUGGUGAAAGCCUCAACCAAGCAACUCUCGAAGAUAAGCAAAACUACCUUGCCCACUGUGGUAGAUGCGCCUCCAAAGCUGGGACUGCAGAAACCACAGGUGUCGCCACCGCAGGCAAUUGGCACUCUAGCGUUGCCAAAGCACACUCGCUCGAAGAGCCAACCCACAUGGCCGGAGCCACGACCGCAGGCUUUGCCCAUCGGUCGCCUGUUCGAUACCGAAGUGGUGCAGUACCAGGGUCGGGGCUUGGGACUUGCUGGACAACAAGCGAUUCUGGCUGCUCGUCCCAAUGUCCGUAGCAUUGUGACUGCCAGCAGCGUGGCAACCGCGAAAGGCCUCGGUGCCAUGCUGCGUGGCAACUCGUCAAUGAGCAACCCGUUGACAGAUCUUGGACCGCGCCACGAAUGGGAGAGCGGCGAGUCUCAAGGUUACAGCAUGCCAAGCAUGCCAACAACAGCUCCAAGUAAACCUCCAACAGCACCAAUCCACGAGUCCUUAGAGGUGCCCCACAUGACGACAAGAGAGGAUUUUGAAGUGGAACCUGAAGAAGUUCAGGUCUCGGCUUUCCUCGAGGGUGCAGUGCUGCCGUCAUACCAAUUGCCUAAGAAACCUCCAGGGGUCUAUCGCAAUCAGACCGAGCCACUGAUGAAGAUGCGGCCUUCUUGCAUGGUCUUUGAGGCGCAGAAAUGGCAGGCCAACACUGAGCUUCUUGCACCACCUUUUGAUCGGGUGCUACGAAAACUUCCCCCAGAUGUGCGUCCUGGUCCAGGGAAAAUGCCUCCGGGACCUUUGGCACAUCCAUCCGAGCCAGUCUGGUUCAGAAUGCAGCAUCGCUUGGAGGUAAUCCUCCGGAAGCAGGGACGCCGUGCAGAACGCCGCAGGAAGCGCCGUUUGCGGCAGCGCAUGUUUCAUGGCAAACCACCAAAGCAGAGUCAAGGCCUUGGUCGUCAACUGCGGGAGUAUUUGGACAGAUCUUUUGCCCAGGAGGACACACCAGGCGAUGCCAACGGCGAAUUCCUGGGCAAGGUUCAGGAGAGAUACAUGCAAGAGAGGAUCAAAGAAGAAUAUGCGAAGGCACGUGCCAAGGAGAGUGUCCUUCGGAAGGUGGUGCGACCUAUCUAUGUACCUCCGCCUGGUGCAAGCAUGGUCAUGUCUUCGGAAGGAGACUAUUCUUGCUGACCCUUGAGUCCUUGCUCGAAGAAAUUGUUUUGGACCUGG